AUGAAGGCUGUCUAUCAGGCAUUUUGUUGGCUUCUUCAAGAGUUUUGCUUUCUUUCUUUUUUAUGGCAGAAGAAUUUCCUCGUCAACAGUGGUCGACUGCUGUACUGCUCCUUUAUUCAUCUGGUGUUACUCGUUUGUUUACUAAUUUCGUGCACAUUUGCAGGUUACAUGGAGUCCACCAGACUGCUCCAAGUUCCAUGCCCUGAGGAUGAGGGUCGCCCAAUGGAGAAGCUGACUGAUAUUGAAUUGAGUAGUGUGCAUGUGACAAAACCCAAACAGCGGGGAUUUGUCAGUGAUGCUAACUCUAUCGUCUUACAGGAAGAGGAUGUGGAAACACCUUGCGGUAACAUUCGUGUUGCCAUCCAAGGUGAUAGAAUAAAGCCAGCAAUUUUGACAGUUCAUGACAUUGGAUUAAAUCAUGUCACUUGUUUUCAAGGAUUCUUUAGUUUUGCUGACAUGCAACCCAUCUUGCGCCAUUUCUGUGUCUAUCACUUUAAUGCCCCAGGUCAAGAGGAGGGUGCUCUCCCACUGAGACCAGAGCAAGAUGCCCUUGGUAAUCCUGAGAGCCUUAAUGAAAACAGUUACUCUUAUCCAAGCAUGGAACAACUUGCUGAUGCUGUUCAUCAUGUUGUUGAUCAUUACAAACGAAAUGAUCUUGGACUCAUUCGAGAAUUGGAUAAUAUUCGAAGAAAUACAGUGAAAAAUGUCAAAUGUCGCACUAUGCUCUUGGUUGGUGAUGACUCCCCACAUCUGGAUGAUGUUGUUAAUAUGAAUGGCAGAAUGGAUCCACAAGAAACGGACUUUGUUAAGAUUGCUGAUUGUGGUGGAAUGCCACUUGAGGAGCAGCCAGCCAAAGUGUGCGAGGCUUUCCGGUACUUCCUUCAAGGGAUGGGCUAUAUCCCUGCAUUGAUACCUUCUCGCAGCGUGUCGACUUGCAGUGACUUUAGCCUUGCAAGCACCAGAAGUCCUACCACUGAGGAAGAUGGGGCAGAAUGUUAG